AGAAAUUUUCAUUGAUUUUGCUUUCUCCAUUCAAUUGCAUCUGUUCAGUUCUAGGGUUUUGCAGUGUCGCUUCUGUCUUUGACCUCCAUCUUCUCUAUUCCGGUUCGAAAUGCUUCAACACCAGAUAGUGCAGUCGCCGGCGAGGCUCGGCCUCACGAAUCCCAAUGCUCCCUCUCUUCAGACCUCUACUCCUCCCAGAUUCCCAUCUUCUCAACAACCAUCGCAACAGCAGCAGCAACAGCAGCAGCAGCCGUCUCAGCACCCCAUCCACGCCAAUCUCUCCGCCCCUGCCGCCUCCUCCAAUCUCCUCUCCUAUCUCCCUCCACUCCCCAGAGCUCAAGUCCUACUCCUUCAAAUGGCUUCUUCAGUCUCCAAACUCUUCGAAGUCUCCCCUAAUCGGUCCCUUUGGCUCUCCGCCUUCCGGGGUUCUUUCCCGACUUUCCUCUCUUCGCAAAUCCAAUCACACCCACCACCCCCACUUGAAUCUACUCCCACUUCCAUCAAAGAAGUCAUUGCCUUGUUUACUUCCCUUCAAACCCAUCUCUUCGAAGCUGUUGCCCAACUCCAGGAAAUCCUUGAUCUACAGGAUGCCAAGCAGAAAUUUGCCCGGGAAAUUAAGUCUAAAGAUGCUUCACUUCUUUCAUUUGCUAAUAAACUGAAAGAGGCAGAACGGGUUCUUGAUAUGCUUGCUGAUGAUUAUUCUGAUUAUCGGCGGCCUAAGAGGUUGAAACCGGAUGAGGAUGGUCUGGACGAUGAUGAUUCGUCUUCUUCUACUACUACUACUGUUGCGUCUCAAUUGAAGUUGUCAGAUAUUUUGUCAUAUGCUCACAGGAUUAGUUAUACCACUUUUGCACCGCCAGAGUUUGGUGCUGGAGAGGCCCCUCUUCGUGGGGCACUCCCACCUGCCCCUCAGGAAGAGCAAAUGCGUGCUUCUCAGCUAUACAACUUUGCUGAUCUCGAUGUUGGUUUGCCUAAAACGGUUGAGUCUAAGGAGAAAACUAUUGAGCCAUUCAUGGAGCCGCCACCUCCUGUGGAUGCUGAUCCACUUUCACAAUUGAAGGCCGCUCUUAAAGUUCCCCCAGGCUGGAAACCUGGGAUGCCUGUGGAUUUGCAGGAUUUGCCAUUACCAUCGUCACUACCAUCUUCACUACCCCCGUUGGAGUCUUUCCCUGGGCGACCUAUUCCCCCUCCAGUAUUGCAGAGGCCACCUGAAACCAUUCAAGUUAGACAUGUUGACCUGGAAAUUGGGGAUACUGAUGAUGACAGCAGUGACUAUAGUGGUGAUGAGUCAAGCUCUGAUUGAUAGGGGAAUUGUUUGGAUCUUUGAUAGUUUGAAACUCAAUUCAGUGCACUAGCAGAUGGCAAAUCAUUACUUUUCGAAGAAAAGAGGAUUGAAAUCAUGGUAGCAGUAUUCACACCACUGACACUUCAAAAAGAAAAAGAACGGAGAUACCUGAACUAGAGAAGUGAAUAUGUAUGUAGGAUACUGUGCUUUAAUGACUGAAAUGAAUAAGCGAUACACUAAACAUGAUUUGUGUUAAACUUAAUAAAUGGGUCAUGUAUCAGAUGAUACUUCAUUGUGAUUCAAUUGUUGUAAAUUGAUUGGCAUUCAAAGGUGUAAUCAACUCUCUUUAAAGGGGAGCAACAUGCUUCCUUGAUAGUUUUGGAAGAGUUUCUUGAAUAAAAUGUCAUGUCUCAA